AUGUCAUCCCCAUCGUCAGAGGCUCCAAAGUCUGCAGUAUCGACAAGCGAUGCGCAUUCAGUUUCUACCUCUGCUUCUGUCCUGCGUCCCAGCACGACGAGCGGUUUCCCCGUCGCUCCAUAUCAGCCAUACGACCCCAUUGCCGAGGAAUCCGAGAAGAAAGAGGAAGAGCCCCAAUCCCCCGACCAGGCUGAGCAUUCGCAUGUUGUAGUUGGUGCCACAGGCAUCUUUUCGCGGGGUUACAUGACAAUUAGCUAUUUGCUAGGCUUUAAGGAGAGAUGGAGCCUGACUCUCUUCAUUGUAUUUGGGGGCGCACUUAUUGGAUUCGUAUUGGCACGAUCUUUCAUGUUGGAUCCCAGAGCGUCAAACCAGAAGAGGCACCUUCCCCCAGGCGAGUGGUUCUGGGCCGGCCGGCCACCGAUCCGGGGGGCUCUCAUCGCUCAUGUUUACUCGUCCUUCUUCUUGGCUUGGGGAACUAUUUUUGAAUUCUUGCCUGUGCUCCGCAGGAGGACAUUAGUCUUGCAUAGCAUAAAUGGCUACAUCAUUCUCGCCAUUCUGCCUGCAAGCAUAGGGUCCGGUUUUGUCAUCGCCCGACGCACCAUUGGGGGUGCGCCUGACACACAAGUACUCUUCUAUCUCUUGGGGCUUUUAGUCCUCAUUUCCGCCACGCUUGGGAUGGUCUGGGUUCGUGAUGUCAGACAGCAUCGGAAGUGGAUGCUUCGUUUUGCCUCAUUGCUGGGUGUUGUCAUCACCGCACGCAUUAUCAUGUUGGCGGCUCGCAGAAUUAUAAGUGAUAUUGGGACAUAUUAUGCCGACAUCCUCGACCUACAGUUAUUCAGUUGUGCUGAGAUCCUGGCUCUCGCACCAUCUACGUUAUCUCAGUACCCCUCUUGCACUGUUGCCCAGCAAUCGGGGCAGUUCCUCGGCUCUGUAUUCGUCGGAGUUCAUGCCUCUGUGAACGAAGAACCUAUCAAUUAUGGCGCUGCCUUCCGGCUGGCAAUGGCUGCAGGCCUGUGGAUAGCGUUCAUACUCCACGUCUGUGGCAUCGAAUUAUACAUUCACUUGUCCGAAAAGGCCAAUCUUCAUCUGAAAGGUUACGAACUAACGCGUUAA